GUCUUGCACUCUUCCUACUGAGCGCGCAGAGGGAAGAAGUUCGCACCAGUUUUUUUUUUUUUUACCUCCAAUCCAGAGGAGGUUUCAAUAGCAGCAGCGCGGCAGGGGAGGGACGCACUGCCAGCACUCAGGAUCCCCUCUCACUGACUCACACACACUCUCACACACACUCCUGCCCACUAGAGACCAGUUAAAUCCGCAAGAAAACUGCAAACACGCACCAGAGCGGUCGCCUAAUCCGAUUGAUAGGCACCAACAAUAGAAGAGAAAGCUGGGGGAACUACUGGACACUGCAGAGGACAACUUGUGUUUUCUUUUUUUUUGUGAAAUCGUUUUACUUGACACUUUUCAAGAAAUCUUGGUGAUAUCAGAGCGGCAUCCUCCAGAUAACUUCGCACUUUGAGACUCUGGAAGGUAAGUGUCCUAUAAAGUAAUUUUCGCACGAUCUGUCCUCUGAUCCCUUGGUUCUAGAAAAAAAAAGGUUACAUCAGAAAAAACUUCCUUUCUUCAUUGGAUGUAACUUUCCUUAAGCUUUUAUUUUUUUUAAUGUGCGUAAAAGCUCCAUAUAAAUUCAGAGCCGGGCUCCCGGAGUAAAGUGGUGCCUUUGAAUCGUCUGCCAAGGGGAAAGAGAGAGAGACAGGGAGAGGGAGAGGGGAAGGUUUGCGGUUUACAACUCCGGGAAGCUAAAAAGUUUCAAACACAUUUCAGUCAAGUCCAAACUCGCAUGCUCUUUGAAUCUCGUGUUAUUUGGGUUUGGGAUGUAUAUCUGAGCACAUGGAGCGGUGCUGCUGAUGAGCUCCGUGAAGAACUUAAGAAAAUCCUCAAGCUUUUGUGCCUGAAAAGUGUUCCCAUACUCCCAGGGGUGACACAGCACCCCAGAAAAGGCGAAUUAUCAAUCAGUAUUUGUGACGGCCUGUGCGCGAAGAUCUCCAUCCGUGCGUAAAAACUAACACGGAACCGUUUUUAUUAAAUGUAGACAAAUGUUGGUUUUAUUCCGUCACCACUGGGUGCUUUUACGCACCUGUGAGAGGAGGAGAAGAGCGCUUAAUGAGGAGGAUAUUUUAUUCAAGCCAAGUUGUGAAAUAAAGGUGUGGAGAUACCGCCUCAGAUGUUCAAAUUGAAAUGGUUAAAGGCAGAUUAAUGACACUACGGCUCAUGUUGGGAGUUGUUUUCCAUCAUCCGGUCCCUCUGAGUGAGAGCCGUGUUUUUCCUCUGGGUUUAAUGAGAGACAUACCCGGAGUGGGGAUUUGAAUAACUGUAUUUAGUAGCUUGGUGAAGCCACCACACUGCCUCCCUUCUACUUUCUCAGGAGAAUGAAUCAUGAACAAAAAAAAAGUCUUAAAAUGGGAAGGUCUGCGUCGCAUACCGUAACUAAACCGUGAUUUGCAUAUGAAAACUCUGUGGCUGAAAGAAUUCCGCCAGUGUUGCUGCGGCCGUGUGCGUCCAGAGAAGUGACAGGCUGCGGUGUAUAUACUGUCUGCUCCGCGCUGCCUUUUGUCACACACUCACACAGAGUCAGUGGCGGAAGAUUAAGGACGUUAAGUUUUGCACUUCCUUCCUUGUUAAAUUAUUCAUCAUAUCCACACCUCUCCUCCCAGCUCCCCGGGCGCAUUCAUUACGCAAAGCCCCUCAUUGUGCUCCUCUCAGAUGGACACAAGCAGGAGGCAGAGCGGCUCACACUCGCUGCUGAACAGGCUUCCCCUUCAAGCACAACAUAACGGAGCAUGAUGGACUCAGUUCCCACGAUGCAACCACGCAGGCCCGUGCGUGCAUGCAGCUCUGUGUGUGUGCCCUGGAUGAUGGGCAGUGGGUGGAUGGCUUUCCCAUGGGGGCAUUUUUCCCCUCUAAUCUUUAAUCAGUCCUUAAAGCCACAAUGCCAGCACAUCAGUCAGAGCCCCCGCCCCUCAAUUCUAUCUGAAUGCUUUUUACUCAGAAAGCGGCCCUGCGACCUGACCCUCCUCACAGAGACAUUCCAGGAUGCAGCGCUAAAUGCAAGCUCCAGAGAUGGACUAUAAAGAGGCUGCAGAGAGGGGGAGGAGGGGAGAGAGGAGAAGGAAACUGGGCUCCUCUUUUCCACCAUGCUAUUGUGCCAGCGUUGGUGGUUGUGAUGAUUCAGAAACUCAAACUGUGAGUGAUGUUGUGGAUGGCGAGGAGACGGGUCGAAGUGAUGAUUUAGACUCUGCAGAGGAGGAAUUUGAUGGUUUGGACGCAUACACCAGAUAAAAAUCUCCACUCUUGGACUGGAGCCUUCACCACAGUCUCUACCAACUCAUUAAUGAGCUGUUCAGCUGUCCAAAAGCACCAGACCUCCAUUUUUUUUUGGUGUUCGCCUUCCUAUAGCACAGGUUAAGUCCUGUGUGGUUCCAUCCUUAGCCCCCAGUGCCCCAUUACCCACUCUCAUACACCCCACUCAUGGGUUCAAUCCCCAUGUUGGCCCUGAAGUGACAGCAGUGAUGGAGCUCGCUGCCGAGGACCCACCAUAAAUCUGCCCUCAGAGUUUCCUUAAAGAAAACACACACGGAGGCUUCAGGUCCUGCCAGGCGUCUUGUUGGGUGGAAUCCGAAAUGUCUCUUUAUUUGUGUUGAAAUUAAACUGUCUUUUAUUCCCUCCCGUUCUGUUAAUGAGCUCCAUGUGGCAGCAAGCAGGACGCUUAUCCGUCCUGACAAGGAGCUGGAGAAGGAAGGAGAGUGAGAGAGAGAGAGAGCGGUUAAAUAAAGUGAGGGGAGAAAAGGGGAGGUCAGGGUUGCGUACAUGUGCAGGAGAACAUAGCUGGGAUUUAUAUGUUUGUGUUCUGCUAAUCCACGGCACUAUGCUUCAACUUCAGGGCUGAUAACGAACCCAAAGAAGUUUCGAUAACUGCAGUUCCUUGAGUGGCCACUUGAGGCUGGUACUAAAAGUGAGACUGUCCCCAUAAAUCCCCAUAGUAAAAAUGCUCAACUCUACAGCUGAAUUUCACAUGUUGACAGUCUGAUACGAGAAACAGUUCUGGUCUCCACACAUUAUUUCUCAAUCCUCACCACUCAGUGGAAGCUGGAUUAUUACAUGACUCACCUGUUGAAGUUAUAUUAGACAUAAAGUUAGCUGGUUGCUGGGCAUCAGCUGACUUUAACUCCUGCACUGAUCAGCUGAUUACCUCUUACAUAUCUGAUUCAAGACUGUGUCAAUGGGACUUCUAUCUAAACUGCUCCAGUCUGCCUACCUGUCAUGUUAGCCCAGCUUUUCCCUUAAAUGUUGCAUCUGAUUUCACCAUGUUGAACUCUGUUCUUGUAGGUCUUUGCUGUUGCUCUCCCUGCUUUUCAUGCAUACACAAAAAACAGAGGGGAGAUGUGCUCACCCGGCCUCAGGCUUUUGCAUUCCAUUUACUUAUAUGAAAGGGCAGCAAGCUCUCCGAACAGAGCCAUACCACCAGUUACCUCUAAUAAAGCUUUUUGUGCUUCAAUUUGAGAGCACAGGACAGUGGAUAAGGCAGAAAAAGUGGGUGAGAGUGACAAACAGUAAAGAAGCUGCAGGUAGGAAUCAACUUAAGGUUACCAGCUUGAGGAAUCAUUAGUUCACGGGGCGCACGCUUAAAGUGCCUGGCCACCAGAGCUUGAAAAUGUAACAAUUACAUGCAAAUAAAUGUCUCUAUCAAAAGUGAUCUCAACUGGAAUUAAACAUUUUGUAUUGCUGGUGCCUUUUUGAGAUUAUUCAUACAAAUUUUUAAUUGCAUUGCAGUCAUGUAUUUAUACUGGCCUUGAAAAAGCUUCAUGAUACAUUUACUUUGGUAGCACAAAAAGGAGAAAUGCUUGCUCACUAGCCAACAUGAGCAGACAUAAUAUUUGACAUUUAAGAUUUUAGUUCACUCCCUCUGCUCUUUUAUUACUCCAUGCAACGGUGCUGUGCUUAAACUCUCAGCCUCACCACUUCACCGGUAUCCACUUGCAGGCCUCCAUCAGUGGGUUCAAGAUAUUGUAUCUUCAAUCUCAUAUAAAUGUGUGAAGAGUGAUUAAGUCUGAAUCGAAUGUAUGAUCUGCUGCUGCAAAAAGCUUUUAACCAAUACAACCUGGAGUGUCUGACUUAUGGUACAUUUAUUGAUAUGUUUGCACUACUUAGCAGGCAUCUGUGUCUGCACUUAUUAAACAUGCAGUGAAAGUUUGGUCAGUGUUUGCCACAUAUUUAUUCAUCAGUGAUGACUUGUGCAAAGGAGUUAUAUUUUGUCAUUUAUUUACUUGUUUAAUUAACAUUGCUCCAUGAAGUACAGAAAGUAGAAGCCAUGCAUACAGGUUUCCAACUGUGGCUCACUUGCAGCUUCCAAAAUUAAAACAAAGUUAAUAAAGUAUUGGUUAAUAGUUUUGGCUUUUCCUUUAGAGAAAAUAUAGCACCCAGAUCAAGAGGACACCUCACUUUCUUUUAGCUUAAACAGUCUUUUAUCCACACUACACAUAAUUUUCCUUCACACAAGUGGGUGAACAAGUGGAAAGUUUCCCCCCUAGCGUCUUCAGUCUCAUACAAAACAAUAUCUGUCAGAUACAAGAACAAAUACAGUCCUGAUCUGCGGUCAAUGUGAUGGCCAGAAACCAUCUUUUCAGCCAAUCCACCAGCCACAAGCACAUCCCGUUCAUAACUUGUUGUUUUCCAGCUCUUAACUCCUUCUCAGCUCCCCCCUCUCAUCCAGAUUUGAUCAUUCCUGGCUCCAGGAAAGCAGCAUUUUGAUGACCAAAAUAUUGAGCUUGAGGCCUAAUAAAGAUAGUCAAAAAAACAGUGUGUAACAGCAUGGAGGCCACAUCCUUUAUUUCCCAGUCUAUGGUUGUGCUGCGCCUCCAUACUUGGAAAUCAAGUGCAUAUAAUGGCGGUCUUCCUGUCGUUAGAGACCCUGAAACAGGCAUGCACCGGGCUGAUCAGGUGGCUGGAUAGUCGCAUGUAACUGGUAUUAUUUUCUGCUUUAAUCAUGAGGAGAUUGAAAAUGAUUUUAAUCCUGAGGUUGAUUGAUGUCAGAGAAAACAAAGCGUCCAGCUGGGAGAUGUAAAACCCAGUGUGAACAUUUUGUUUGGCUUUGCACAUGAUUUGCCUGUAAUGACCCCAAAUUAGAGCGGGGUCAAAGCUGUUAUAGAAGUAGAUCACAAAGGAAUGGAGAUUUUCUGCACGGUCAUUUUCUGGCUCUUUAUGUUGAGGAUUCAGACUCAUGAUGUGUCAAAGACUCAUGGGAAAAAUGAUCAUCGCCAUUUCCUCUACGAGUGGAAGCUGCAUUUGUCCUUUAAUCCUAUUACACAGACUCCACAGCCUGCCAAUUCCAAUAUACGAGAUGUUUUCCACCAGAAAAUCCUCAGCAAAUUCCACAAAAAGUGAAACAAAAACCUUCAGAUUUAUAAAUAACAGAUAAAAAGCAACAGCAAAACAAAGUUGACACGAUUGUGGCUGACCUUGCCUUGAAAUUAUCCGUUCCUCAAAUUGCGAUCAUACAUUCUUCCCUCGUCCUAAUUAAACAUUAGAGUUUAUUUGUUCCAGAUGUAAGGUUUUUGAUGUGUUAUUUUGGUCAGGGAACUCUGUGGCAUGAGAAUGGUGCAUGUAAGAGCAGAUCCAGAGCAGAGCCUGUGUGACCAUGUUGACUCUGCGCUGUUCCAUGCAACCGCAGCGACCAGACACAACUGCUCUAAAAUUCAGAUGUCAUCUCCCGGCAGUAUUUUCUGUCAGUACAGGCUGAGUGGUUUGGUGCAUGUGGGAGAAGCAGGGGGUUCAGUCACUGGGUUUAAAUCAGCAGUGUCACAUGUGAAGAGCACACAUCAAAUGUGCUAAUGACAGUGGUGAUAAAACCCUUACUGUAUGAGUGAUAGCAGACAUUAUGCGUGGUGACAUCAGUGUGGUGGACGGAGCAGGCCGGGGGACGUGUCCCUCGCUGUGUCUGUGUGGGAGACGGCUCUGAGCAGCUCUGUACAUACCACCUCAGCGCUGUCUUGGGUAUUAAUAGACAUGUCUUUGUUCAAACUGACACGCUUCUGAAGUGGAAUGGGACAAGCUGAGGCGAUAAGGAUCUCCCUCUCUGUGUGAGUCAAAACCUCAAAGUACCACUUAGGCGGCUUUCCUUCUGCUCUCUGAAGUUUAGCGGUGCAGCGGGAGGCCGGGCUUAGACAACGGCACAGACAGAGACACUGACAGGAGCUGUCAAGGACUUUUUUUUUUCAAAACUGCCUGUGUUCUUAAAGUCUUAGAGAUUUUGUUUAAAAUAGUGAAUGAAUAUUUGUUUUAAAAGAGUGUCAUGCAUUUAUUAAAAUCUGACAGACAACAAAACAGACUAUUUAAAAAAAAGAUGUAGCUUUGAAUGCAGCUCCUUUUACAUUUUUGUCCAUUUUACAUAAAAGUGUCACAUUUGACAGUCACUGUAGAGAGAUUACUCUGCAUCUGAAUUAUGUGGAUGACUGUGAGAAGUUUCUUGAAACUUUCAAGUGGUCCCUUUAUGUUAAGAUUUUCCUUGCUAUCUACAUUAGAAUCAGCAGUUAGCACACACAUGGCUUUUUCUUUUUACACAGGCACUAGUGAUUUGUUGGGAUUGAAAUUAAAUUCCAAAACUCCAAACUGGCUAUUAGUCUGUAGUAGGGCUGCACGAUUGAUCGAUUUUAAAUCAUAAUCGGAUUAUUUGAUUAUGACGAUGUUUAAAAUCAUCAAAUCGAUUUUCCUCUCUAUCAUGUCUCGGUGUUUUAUCCACAUUGAAACAGUGUUUUGGGUGACUGUAAACUGUACUCUUUGAAAACGGGUCAAAGGGUGCAUAAAUCUGUAACUGACUACCAUCUCAUCUCUGUGUGGGUGCCGAUCUGCAUCUCUCUUGAAACGAUUUUGUGACACACAGCGUAACUCUUUUAUGGAGCCUGCACGUGUCCGGCCAAAACAGCCUUAAUGCGCAGGCUCUGUACUCUUCUUCUGUCUUUUGUGCAUUUCCUGUGCGGCGUUACAGCGCCACUUACUGGCACGGCAUAUGCACUUCAUUGUUUUCAUAGGUUUUGUUUUGAGAGAUGAUAGAAAAACGUUUUACUUUUAAAGUGAAGUUUGUUAAAGGUGUCACUAAAUAAAAUAUCUAAAUCUGAAGUCGAGUUUGGUCAAAAUCAUGCAGCCCCAGUCUGUAGGUAAGAAACAACCCAAAUCAAACACAGCUGCUUGCAAGGUUAACUAUGUCAGAUUCGUUAACAGAGAGUGGCUAACAAUAGCAGAGCUAGCACUAGCAGCCUUGGGUCUUCGUAAAGUGUUCAAUUGCCAGUUGAAAUUGACACAUGCAAUAUGAAACUUUACAUCCAUUUUCUCUUUUUAACCCUCUGCUGUGUACCACAUGUACCACCACACAUACUGUGCUUGUCCAUAUCUUGAUAGUAGAGCGUUAUAGUAUUGCAACUUAACUGUAGUUACUGCCCUGGCUCGUGGCAGGUGGCUGCUAUCUCUUAGCCCAAACAUGACCUGCAUUUCAAGCUAACAUUAAAUCAUCAGGUUUUUAACCAACGAGCGAUUCAAACUUUCUGGAUAUGUCCAAGAACUUGCAGUUCACUCAAGCAGGAUGUCACUUGAGCGUGUAUGAAGAUGUGUGUACCUUACAAACACAACAGAAAACUCGACAACACUGCUAAACAUAAGCAACAUCAUUCCUUACAAUCAUUGCGGAUUAAUUUUUUUGACUAUUACCCACUGCAUUCGCACAUUGGCUCACGUCACUGUGUGUGAGUGUUCACACAUGCAUUCUGUUUUAAACUUUUCAGGAGUUUGGAGCAUGAUGUGAACAUCUGAAUUGGCUUUUCACUGAAUCUACACCAGUUUAGAGGUUGACGGAAAGGGUAGCGUUUUUAAAAGAUUCCACUCAUGAACCUCAUUUUAAAAGUUUGUAUUUUCAGCUGCCCAAAAACAAUGUUUUCAUGGAUGAAAACAGCCAGAGGAAGCAAUAAUGAUUUUUGAAUUAAUACUUUUUUUCUUUUAAUUAAAUAGCCUCUAAACUUCACAUAAUUAGAAAAUCCAAGCCCCUAUUAAACUCUUGCAGCUGAAAAUAGACAACUACUGGCAACACAAAACAGGUAAUAAUUACCCAGAGGUGUAAAGGACCUAUGCUGAGGAUGAAUGGCACAUGGAUGGUUGCCAUGUGACUCAGACUUGGUGCAACCAUAUGAUUGGGUCCCUGAAUAAACGACUUAACAGUAACAAAGGAAAACCAUGCCCAAAACAGACCCAAUAUCAGGGAAGUUUGGAUAGAGUUUCACAUCUAAAACCUUCUGUGAGCGUACAUUUAUCUGCACAAGACCCUUCAUUACAAAGUCAGAAAGAAAGAAUGUUAGUAUCAAAAUAAAGCAAUGUUUGUUCUGUAAAGUUUCGUGCAGGACUGAGGCCUCUGGUUUCACUUUUUUGUGAGUGCUUAAGGAGGAAAUCCAGAGAGGAACAAAAGUUAAAAGGCGGUACUGUUUGCGUACAAGUGAGAAAGAGAAAGAGAUUAAUUGUUGAUGAAAACUGUGAUCAACAGAAAGAGACAAGCGGGGGAAGGGGGAGCAAAGAAAGAGAGAGGGGUCAUUAAAAGGACACAUCUCACUUGCAGUAAAUGGCAGUAAAGUAUCUGGCUAAUCUGCCAUCAUUACACUGAUUAAAUCACCAGGGAUUUGGCGUUCCCAUCAGCUGCAAUCAAUGGGGCAAAAUCAAUAGACAGGGGAUACGUGAGAGGCUCUCAGCUGCACCUCGUCCCAACCACAACUCCAUCUGCGGAGUGCCUGCUAAACGUUUUUAUAUUCACAGCAGUAAAACUGAAAUGACAUGGAUUUGGGGAUUUUUAUGGUAAGCAUUUUAUGAAAUAGUGCGGUUCCCUGCAGUUUGUCGGGAUGUCUUUUCCUUCACACGUCUGUUUAAGUCUAAUCCUCAUCCUCCCUUCCUCGCUGUAGCCCAGAGGACUUACUCACGCUGCCUUUGCUUUUUGUCUCUCUCACUCUGUGAUUUACUCGAAGGUGGUAUCUGUGGUGUCGCCUGCUUUAAUUUUAAAUGUUAAUUGAGGUUAAAUCCAAAAGGAAAAGAGGGGAAGAAAACACAUUCAGGCAUAAAAUUAAAUAUGUAGUAGGGAAAACCUUUUUAAAUACUAGGAUGUUUGUUGCCAAAGCUCAGUGUUGCCUGGAAGAUUUCUCAUUAGAGCUGCUUUGUGUUUUAAGCUUAUGCCAGAAUGAAAGGAAAAAAGCAAUUCAGGACUUCCACAGCAAAAAUGGACGUUUCUGACAUGCAGGCCAGCUGCCUUCUGCACUGAUUGUUUGUGUGUGUUACGAAAAGACAUUGUAAGAUUCACACAGGUUGUUUACUUGGGUUAUUCCAGCAGAGUUAAAUACUAGCUGAUGUUUAUACUGCAUCAUGACCACAAAAAGGAGGAAAAGCUCUCCCUGCCGUUGUAAAAAAAAAGUUAUGAUUCAUAGUUUUAGAUUGACAUUUUGGGAAAGUUUGUUCAUUCAGCUCUUCAAGUUUGUGUUGAAGGGUAUCACUCAUGUCUUUAUAGUUAAUAUUGAAUCAAAACUGGUGGCUUAUUAGCUUAACUUGGCACCAAAGGCAACCUAUUUCUUAGUGUUUGACCAUUUAGAGCAAAUACUGAUUCAAUUUAUGCCAUAGUUUUGUUGUAAAAUUUUGAUAGAAAGUUUAACAUCACUUUUGUAUUUGUUAAAAUAUGUUUUGCAUAGAGAAGCCAACUAGCUUAGCCCAGCAUAAGGACUAUAAACAGGAGCUAAUAGGAUACCCAGCUCUGUCAAAGCUUUGCCCAGCAGUCACUCUUUUUAUUAUUCUACAGUAAGAUGACAGGUGUUUGAUUUAAAUGCUUUUGUCAGCUUUCUACCUGAGUUAGAUAAGAAGGUAGAAUUCACUUAUUUGUAUAUUUACUGCAAAGCUUGAGACUGAAGCUGAUGAACUUGAUGCUUUUCUUCUACAGUAUGUUUGCAACAGUACUGCAAUGAAUGGUGUGUUAUUGGAGUGAUUUUACAUUUUGUCAUGGUGUUGUAGAAGCAAGAGAGAUGUGACAUGUAAACCAAGUGGCAAAAAGUUAGGCUGCUGCUGUGUGAAGUGGAAAAACUGCAGUUCCACAAGUGUCCACUUGAGGCCAGUUCCAUAAAGUCAGUGUGCCCCAUUGACACUUAUGUUGAAAUACCAAUUUUACAUCAAAAUUUAACAUAUUAAAAAAAAAAAAAGUUCUGGUCUGAAUAGUACAAUGUACCUCUCAGACACACAGUAUGGUGGUGAUUUUUUCAUCAAGACUCCUUUUUUGGAAAUAUCAUUAAUAACAGUUAUAAAUGGCCCAAUUAGAGUAAAGUGAUGUUAAACUUUAGUGGGUGGUAGGUAGCUGUUCAACCAGAGGCUCAAAGUUCGCCUUAAGUUCAUCUUCAUGUCUGGGUUUAGGUUGACUUAUGAGUAGGUGACCCUUCAUUAUGCCUCUUCGGAAACCAGUGGGUGAAAUCACUGAGGUUUUGUCCAUGUGUUAUACAGUCUUUGGUGUAAACAAUUACACAGUUUAGUUAGACACACACACACACACGCACGCACGCACGAACACAAAGAACUGCUUUUAUCCACUAUAUCUGCAGGUUUACUGUGAUUUUGUCUUCCCCUGUAACACCUUACUAACAAUCUCUGAUGCUGGCACAUUGGUGUAACAUCAUGAUCCCAUAUUACCAGUUAAAGGUGUAACAUAUGUGCCCUUUUAACAUCAAACCUUUAAUAUGAAUGUCACAGAGUGGUGGGACCAGGUUGUCCCAUCAGCACUGGAAGUUUUAACAGAUGCACAAGACUGAGACUGGGCUACUGUGAACUAGUGGGGCAGGGCAGAACAGUGCUGUGUAUAUGAAGCUCCUACCAUGUGGACCACUUAUACUUUUUCAAGAUAAAAUCACACACAGGAACACAGAUAUUGUUCUGUCAUGGAAUCAGUAUGAUAAAACAAAUGUGUGAGAGUAACAGUGCUUUGUCACAAUGCUGUUAAGGGCUUGCAACUUUAAAGGGAUUUAUUUUGAAGAUGGGGUGUUGGCUUGCUUUAGAUGUGCAGCUGAGUGAAGCUGGCUAAUCUGGCAGGUGUUUUUUUUCUUUCUUUAAAUCUGGUACUAAGAGGCCAUCAUAGAAUAGAGGUUUAUAACCAUCUCAUGGCCAUGCAUUAUAAAUCUCUGGUAUGGAUUUGCAAACAGAUUUGUAAUCCAUGUUCACAAUUUGCAAAUCCAUGGGUACAGUACAGAUUACAAUCUGUGACUAUAGAAAACCAUGCACACAGAUUUGCAUGUGGUUGUUUUUUGUCUUGACCUGGUUAUCGGGGGCUCCAGACAUCCCUUUUUAUUUAUUUGUAAAAACCGUAAAUGUUUAACUGAAAGGUUAUGAAUUUGGUAUUUGUUGUGUGAUAGAAGUCGUAUUGGCUUGGCAGUUCCUCCUCCAUACAGUCAAAAGAUUUCUCCUCAGCUAGUAAGCUACCAGAUCCAAGUAAAUAUGAACUCAUAAGAAGGGUAUGUCAGUUCAUGUAGCACUACUCUUUUUUUGGAAUUUUAUACUAACCUUAACCAGGAAUAUUCCCACUGAAAAAAUAAAGCCUUUUAUAUAAGAGGCCUAAUCAAGACAGUAGCCAAAUAUGUUUCAUACAAAUGAGGGAAAACCAACAACAUUUCAGUCAUCGGUAUAAUUGCAGUGUCAGGUCAGUCAGUCCUUGAUACAAGUUUUAAACUCUACCAAAUAAAUAUAAAGCUCUAGUCUGGGGUAAACUGCUGAAUUUCUUCAAAUCAGAGCCUCUGUUUGACAAAAAUGUUGUCUUUUGUUUCCCGUAAACGUAACCAAAGUCAUAUUUUUCUGUCUUACAGAAUGAGGCAGUGUAAAGGUUGGAGUGUGCUGCUGCUGGUGCUGUUGGGUCUUGGAGCUUUGGCCCAGAAGUUGCCUACGAGAGAUGAAGGCCUCUUCCAGAUGCAGAUCAGAGACAAGACGCUGUUUCAUGACUCCUCUGUCAUCCCAGAUGGGGCUGAGAUCAGUGGCUACCUGUUCAGGGACACACCCAAGAGGUAAGACAAACAGCGGCUGAAUAAGUUUCGCAAUCCUGGCGAUUAAAACUGUCAACAUGUUGUUCAAGUAUGAGCAUAAAACACAGCCAAACCCACCAUGUGCCGGCUGUAGGGGAUCACUUUCAGUAAACAGAUAGGAGGCAUGAGAUGUUGAUCUGAAACGUGAUCCAUUAAGUUGAUGCAAAAAGUAAAUAAUAAAUGAGAAAGCAGUGUUUGUGUAAUCGAGAGCAAAAAGAGAAAAGAGAGACUGAUGAUCUCAUUGAGACUGCUCAUUCAUUUACCUAGUAUAAUAUUUUGGUAAAUGUCAAAGUGGUGUCAAUAUCAGCUCCUGUAACCUAUUAUUUCCACACACAGGUACUAUUUUGUGGUGGAGGAAGACAACACACCCCUGUCUGUGACCGUGACACCUUGUGAUGCUCCUCUAGAGUGGAAACUAACCCUGCAGGAGCUGCCAGAGGAGGCCAGUGGAGAGGGAUCAGGUAUAAUUGACAUCAGGCAGCAGUGGACGAGGUUAAUGACACGUUCUGUGGAAAUAUCACUAUCCCCCACACACAAUUAAGCCACGCAGUGAUGUUAGGCUUUGUGUUUUGGUGGGUUUUAAUUAAGACGCAGUCGUGGUGUCUGGUCUGACCACUUAUGAUGUCUGACUCGGCCCAGGCUGACGUCUAUAAUUUCAGAGAAGGGCUUCACUCUAGACACCCUGCUGAAUCAAAGACAUUACAUCCCUUUACUUAAGCUGCCUUUUUUCUCUGUCUGCCUUUCUUCCUCCUCAACUUUCCACCUUUAUGUCUGUAUUUUAAUCUAAACAUUGUCCAUCUGGAAGAGUUGUGUCAGCACCGGAUAACGGUGCAGUGGUUUCGAUCAUACAUGCAUGAUGUGAGCAUAAAUUUGAAUACCAACACAUGAACACCUGCAAGUGUGUCUGUGCUCUCGUCAGAUCUAAUAACCCAAAUGAAUUUUAGGGGUUUUUAGACUGCGGAAGAGCCAGCGGUGUCAAAAACAGACACUUUCUUUACCCAGUAGAAGAACACAUAAAAUCAAUACGUCUGGUAAUGAAAAAUAUUCAACUUUAUACAUAUUUACGGAAAUUAGAGAAGUGCUGAAAUGUCUUGAUAGUAUAAAGUAAGAACUACAUCAGUGAAGGAAAUAUUAACUAACUGGUCCUGCAAAAAAAAACUUCUUGUCAUACGAGAGACUUAUGCACCUAAUUUCACUUAUGGAUAUGUCCAAAUGAGAAAUGGAAGUCUAUUUAUACCUGUUGCAAUUUCUGUGAUAUCCCAUUUGCCGCAAAACUACUCCCUUUUGUAAUGUUACCACCACAUCUGAGUUUGUUAAAAAAUGUGGACGCCAGAGAGACUGUGUGACGGUGAACCUUAAUCCAAUUAAAACAAGUUCUCCAGAAAAUAAUUAGCAUUGCUCCAGUGUGAAAACUGGCUUCUAUAUGUAACCACACUAUGUUUCAUGCACAUAGACUAUACUUGGGUGGGCUGUGCUGGUAUUUCUUCUCGCAACUAUUGCAGAGCUCUGUCCAUCUGAACAUUUUUAGAUGCCUCCUUCUUGUUCUGAUUCCUAAACAAGACAUUCUCACAUCUGAUAAGCUGCAAUGACUCAAACAUGCUCUGCAGUAAUGGAGAGAGGUCCAACUGUAGGUCUCUCAUUGAGUGCAUCUAAGAAACUGGACUUCUCAUGUAAUAUCUCAAGCCUCUCAUACAGCGUUUUUAAAGUUUUGUGCUGAUGGUUGCUGCUGAUGUCCACCUGCUCUAGUUUGGACCGUUGUAAAAUGCCAGUCUUUCACUGGUCUUAGUUUACACUGAAGCACAUUGCAUUCCCUUGAGAAAAGAUGAUUUAAAAAAUAAUAAUUUUAAGGCAUUGGGAGCUUCCCAUGUCUUUAGGUAACAUGGCAGCUGAUGUGAAUGUUUGGUAUUAGUGUGUGAAUGUGUUAAUUUUGCACUACUGCAUUAAAGCUUUACUGUUUGUCAUACAUAAAGCCUGCUCUGAUUGCAGAGCUUCUCUAGGGUCAGAUGAUACAGUAUUCUCUAUGGAUUAGGAUGAUGCAUAUGAAAUGUAUUCAGGCCGACUUAAAGAGACAAGUAUACAAAUGCUGAACUACUGGACACACAUGUGGUGCAGCUUAGGCAAUCAUUUUAUUUCAGAAAAACAGACCGGAUUUUUUUUUUCCUUAUGUGAUUGCAGCAUACUCGUGUACAUACAAAUACCACCUGUUGUGACAGUUAAACUCAGAAUGUAAGCCAAAUUAUUCAAGAGUGUGUAAUAAUUUUGCUGCUGAUGUAUUUGUCAAAAGAUCAGAAACAUCCAGACAAGAGAAACAGAUGGAGGCAGGGCGGGACACACUGUUGAUGCACAAAGAUAGGAAAGCUGUUGUCCCGUGUUGGAUGGAAAUAGAAAUGUAAUGUGUAAAAAAAAAAGCUGUGAGAAAGAGUUACCUACAGACACCUAAACCUCCACUUCUACAGGGGACCUUUGAUAUGUGUACAUUUUGAUGACCUGAAUUGACCUUUCCUUACAAAUGUUUUGCCUAUCUUGGCCUAUACAUGUCCCAUCUUUGUGUUAUGAAAAAUGUUCAUAGUGCUGCCUUUCAGUUGUCAAAUACAUCACUCAGUGUGGAUUCUUGAGGAACAUGUGGAUAAAGACACUCCAAUUUGUGUUAUGAGGCACUUUUUCUAGAUCUUAUCAGUGAAUAGUAGUUUCACUGUAAUUUCAUUUCAUUUGGCUUUUUAUGCCUUCAGCAUGGGACAGUAGACAAGGUGGGAAACUUGCAAACGAGCGGGCGAUGACGUGGUAAAGGGUCAAAGGUCAGAAUUGAACCCGGGCUGCCUGCUUUGUGGAUUAAAGUCUUUGUAGUAGGGGACAUGAGAUUUAACCGCUGAGCUAAAUUGAACUGUCUUUAAGGGAUUAAUGUUCUUACUGAUGGUCUCUUUUGCUUUCAAAGGUUGUUUCAUGGCAUCAGUUCUUAUUUCAGUCUGUGUAAUAACCAGCUUAAAACUCGUCACAGUAGGUUUAAGUUCAGUGACAGCGUCAGUGCUCCAUUACUUCCCACCUCUGAAUGUGCGUAAGUUGCCUUAAAAUAAAGCUUUUCAUGUUCCAGCUGAGGUUUAUUAACUAAUGUGAACCCAACACCAGCUUUAAAGAAACAAGCGUUUUUCAUCUGAAUCAGUGAACCACUUCCCAUCUUUCCAGCUCUUUUUGCUUCAGUCUGCCAUGGGACUAAAUCUUUGAUCGUUAAUUUUUAGUACACCACUGAGCACACUCUCUGGCCCACAAACAUAAUAUUUUUCUUGGACCGUCUCUCUCACAUACAAGCUACAAGAACAUCUUUGUUGCACAGUUCCCCCGGAAAACCGAGUGAAUGCUGCUCUGUGAUCUUUGGGGAUGUUUGGAGUAAAAACAUGGCUGCCAUGUGAGGGGCUAAUCGUCCGUGAGGCAUACAGAGCUUCGUGACCUCGCAGUACCAACACAUAAAACUUGUUUCAAAUGUACUUUAUUACUUUAGGCCAUUUCAUUUAUAGAUUUCCUGUUAUUUAAACCUCUUGACACAAUUUUUAACCUUUCUUUCUGACAGUUAACCCUUUACCUCCAAGAACACAGCGUGUAUAAACAAUGCAGUGUCACUCAUAUUAAUUACAACUGCCCACUAUUUUGAUAAAAUGUAUGCAUAUUUUCACACAAGUACUAUAUGCUUUAAAUAUCCACAAAUGCAUAAUUUAUAAAAUAAGAAAUAUACAGUACAUCUCAAGUAUGCAAAAAGAGCACUUAUUUUGUGACACAAUGUUGUGAAAGGGUGCAGGAUGAAGUGAAGAAAUGAGCUAAUCUGACCUCUUUUAUCCGAGCAAACUGGUUAAAUCCAAUUUGAAUUUGCAUUUCAGCAGAGUGCUUAUGUUGUUUCUUUUUCUGUUUCUCAUCUAGGAGUUCCUGAACCUCUGGACCAGCAGAAGCAGCAGCAGCAGGUGACUGUAGACGAGGGGACAGAGCUCUUCACCUACAAAGGAAACGACGUGGAGUCCUACGUGGCCACCAGCACGCCCUCUGGCCUCUACCAGCUGGAGCUGCUGUCCACAGAGAAGGACAGCAACUUUAAGGUGUAUGCCACCACCACUCCAGAGUCCGACCAGCCCUACCCAGAGCUGCCCUACGACCCCCGGGUGGAUGUGACUGCGCUGGGACGCACCACAGUCACCCUGGCCUGGAAGCCGACACCCACAGGCUCUCUGAUGGGUCAGCCUGUUCAGUACUGUGUCGUCAUCAACAAGGAGCAUAACUUCAAGAGCAUGUGUGCAGCUGAGGCUAAGAUGAGCACUGAUGAUGCAUUCAUGCUGGCUCCGAAACCGGGGCGAGACUUCAGCCCCUUUGACUUUGCACACUUUGGCUUUGUGCCCUCUGACAAUGGUUUUGGCAAAGACCGAGGCCUCAUGAGCAACAAGAUCUCACGGUCGUACACAAUCAAACCCAAAGCUUCAGACAUUCAGAAGGUGUGCAUUGGCAAUAAAAACAUUUUCACUGUGUCCGACCUGAAGCCAGACACGCAGUACUAUUUUGACGUGUUCGCUGUGAAUUCUGCAACCAACACCAGCACGGCGUACGUGGGAACAUUCGCCCGCACGAAAGAGGAGGCUCGACAGAAGACAGUGGAGCUGAAAGACGGCAAAGUGUCUGACGUUUUCAUUAAGAGGAAGGGCAGCAAGUUCCUGCGCUUUGCCCCUGUGUCCUCCCAUCAGAGGGUCACUCUAUUUGUUCACACGUGUCUGGACGCUGUGCAGGUGCAAGUGAGGCGUGAUGGUAAGCUGCUGCUCUCCCAGAACGUAGAGGGGGUUCGGCAGUUCCAGCUGCGAGGAAAGCCAAAAGCAAAGUACCUGAUCCGUUUGAGAGGCAGCAGGAAAGGUGCCUCUACUUUGAAAGUGCUAGCGACCACACGACCCAGCAGCAAGCAGCCCUUCCCUUCGCUUCCAGAGGACACACGAAUCAAGGCCUUUGACAAGCUGCGUACAUGUUCCUCCGUCACCGUGGCUUGGCUGGGAACACAGGACCGCAACAAAUUCUGCAUUUACCGCAAGGAGGUGGCUGACAAUUAUGGCGAGGAGCAGCGACGCCGGGAACAGAACCAGUGUGCUGGGCCAGAGACCCGCAGGAAGUCAGAAAAGGUCCUGUGCAAGUACUUCCACAGCCCGAAUCUGCAGAAAGCUGUGACCACAGAGACCAUCACAGGUCUGGAGCCGGGGAAGACCUACCUGCUGGACGUUUACGUGGUGGGACACAGUGGUCACUCGGUGAAAUACCAGAGCAAACUGGUGAAAACAAGGAAAUACUGCUAAAUGACUCUGCAAAUAAUAAAUCUAUUAUAAAUAUAUAUAUUGAAUAAGUUUAUUUAACUCUAAGUGAUAUUCUACUAAGGAGUGUAUACAGACUGACUACUCACACAGCGGACGGGCCUGUGGCAGUGACUGAACUGUUUGUAGAGAGAGAAAUCAACCUGUAUAUUUAUGUUUACAUUUCUUUGUGGCACCUCUGGGUGGCCCGUAGCGUGAGGUGCUUCGUUUCCAGGCUUGACAUCAUGUCAGCACUAAGGAGGCUAACCUCCAGAGAUCAUCUUUCAUCUCGUAUGUUUCUUUGUUGCUGCAUGACAUUUGCUUUUGUCUGUCAUUUUUGUGUGUUCCUUCAGUUUCAGAUCACGUUGACCGGAGGAGAUACAGGAGCUCCCUGCAUUGUAUAGAUCUCUCUCUUCAUACUCACUACAUGUUUUAGAAGGAAUUUAAAUUAUUUCAUACAUUUUGUCUAUUUUUGAUUGUCUGUUUUUAUUGAUGACAAUAAUAACUGUUACGAGGAAAUUCCAGUUUUAUGAGGACGUUGUCGUAGUUUGGACAUUCCCUUGUGUAUCUCAGCCAGUGUUUGCUCUAGAGCCCAUCUUGUAAAUGUGUUCCGUGCUGCAGAUCUGUGUUAUUAUCACUGUAUCGCUGUGUGUGUGUGUCACAUGUACAGAGUUGUCCUGCCAAUAUUCAUGUACAUAAACACUAAAUAUAGAACAAGUAAUCCCUCUGUCACCCUGGGUGUCAUGUUCUUUCACCAAGCAGUUAACAACAGACAUGGUUAAGAGAUGAAAGAGCACUCUGCGAUUUUUUGUUUGUGGACUCAGACGCUCAGUGAAAGACCAAAAGAGGAUGACAUAUUCACUGAAAAACUUUUAAAAAAAGGUCUCUUUCAAGACCACACAAGUGGACCUUAAGCUGCAGUAGAAAAUACAACCUUGUAGCUCAGUAUUUUGCAAAUAAGACCGGUGUCUCAUUUGUGUUUACUUUAAUAGAUACACAGCUACAAAUCAGUGCAUCUUACUUGGUCACUAAAUGCAUGUCUUUGAAACUGACAGAUGACCAAUCAUAUUUUUUUUAAGUAAAAAAAAAAAAAAAAAAA